CCUUGCUUAUUUGCUUAUUGCAUAAUGUUACCCUAGCGCCUUCGUUUCUCUCAAUCAUCGGAUAGUACUCUUCGCAGUUUUGACACAGCCGGCGCCUUCAUCUGGCAGCUUCCAGCCCCCCGGGCAAGGAUGCAGAAUUGGUGAGAAUAUCGUUAGCGGAAUGCACUCAGCUCAGAGUACAUCGCUUGUCAAGAUGGGGAUUCCUUGUCAGCAUGAACAAGGCAUUUCUUCGAGGAUGAAAGCACGUCAGAAGAACAGACUCAGAAGUGAACCUUUCACGAGUUGCGGAAGUCUCCAAAUUUGAAAGAUGUUUUGAAUUCAGCUCCAGACCCGGCUCCAGACCAGACGGCAAGAAGAGUUUGAUCCAACACGGUUUGUUGACUAUAAGGAUUGCGCAAACGUGACAAUGAAGAGGGAAGCUUCAUCCACUCGUGAGAGCUAUGAGGACAUGGAUUCAUCUUCUUCUUGUGCUCCUCCAGGUUGCAUUGGCAUUGGCUGCAGACCCUUCGCACCUUGUGCAAGGGCUUCCUGGGCAACCAGAAGUUGGAUUUAAGCAGUACGCAGGUCAAAUUGAGAUAAACGCCACAGCUGGACGUGCACUGUUCUACUGGUUCUUCGAAGCAGAUCACCCAAAUGCGUCUUCCUUGCCGUUGGUAUUAUGGCUCACUGGAGGACCGGGAUGUUCAUCCAUUCGCUCUGGAGCUCUUGGAGGGACUGGUCCAUUCAGCACAAAUGACUCAGGCACUGGGCUCGUUCGCAAUCCAUACUCUUGGAAUAAAGCUGUGAAUAUCAUCUGUUUGGAGACCCCUUAUAAUACCGGUUUCUCAUAUACAAACUUGCUUUCUGAUGGGGGAAAUUACACAGACAAUCAAACAGCCAGCGAUACUUUGCUGUUUCUGCUCGAAUUUCUCACAAAGUUCCCUGAGUAUAAACAGAAUGACUUCUUCAUUGCUGGAGAAAGCUUUGCAGGACAUUACAUACCAACGUUGGCAUCGCAAAUCAUUUCACAUAAUGAGCAAAAUGGAAAUCGUAUCAACCUGAAGGGGUUUGCUAUUGGUAAUCCUGCCACGGACGUCGACUAUGACGGUCCUGGUGACAUUGAGAACUUGUACUCGCAUUCAAUCAUUUCUGAGGAGCUUUACCAAGAAGAGAAGACCUACUGCAGGAGGAAUGAUGACGAAUCAAUAGCGAGAUGUAGAAAUGCUACCUCCCAGAUCCUGAACCUGAUUGCCUACAUUAGUCGUUACAACAUCUAUGCACCAGCAUGCAACUUACUUUCAGGACCAGAUGACGAGGCUUGCCUUGAUUCUGUGACACCUUAUCUCAACCGCCAGGAUGUUCAAGCCGCCUUGCACGUCGAGACGAGACCAGUUCGGUGGCAGCUCUGCAACCCGGAUAUUGACAGGAACUACUCGACACUAGAUAGAGAGCGUUCAAUGCUCCCCCUAUACCAACAUUUGUUCAAGAGUGGCUUGAGAAUCUGGAUUUACAGCGGGGAUUCGGAUGUUGUCGUUUCAACGCUUUCAACCAGGAGCUGGAUCAAAGCACUCAAUCUCACUGUUGUUACUCCAUGGUAUGGGUGGAACUACACAAAUCAGGUUGGUGGAUGGACAGAAGUGUACUCAGAAAUGACAUUUGCGACAGUAAGAGGUGCUGGACAUCAGCCUCCAUUUGACAAACCUGGCGAGUCACUUGCCUUGUUCCAACACUUUAUCGAAGGCAAGGCACUGCCAUCGUUUUAGUUGUAAUAAGGGAUCGUUCAAGAAAUAAAACUCAACAAGUACAUGUGAAAUUUA